AUGGCGAGCACUCCACAAAUGUCCGGAGUUCUGCCACCGACGACCAAACCAGCUGAGCUUGAAUACGGAGGAGAUGAGGUUUCCGCCUUAGUACUUGAUCCAGGCACAGGCACGACAAGGUGCGGUUUUGCUGGCGAAGAUACACCAAAGACAUGUGUUCCGACAUCUUACGGUAUCGUACCGGACCCAGAGGAGCAGAAGUACUUUGGGAAGUUGAAGAUUGGAGAAAAUCCAAUCAAUUCGGUUGUAGAGGGCAUGGAAAUCCGAAACCCUAUGAGCGAAGGGAUAGUGGAGAACUGGGAGGUUGCGACCGAGAUCUGGAGGCAUUGUAUUGAAUAUAGGUUAUCCUCUAGGCUCGAAGAGCAUCCUCUUCUAGUCACAGAACCUAUCUGGAACCCCCUAAAGAAGCGUGAGAAGACAACCGAGAUUGUCUUCGAGGACUUCAAUGCUCCAGCUUACUUCCUUGUAAAAAGUGCCGUUUGCGAGUCAUUCGCAAACAGCAAACCGUCGGCCUUGGUUGUUGAUAUGGGCCAUGCGUAUACUAGUGUGACACCUGUCAUCGAUGGUAUUCCUUUGAGAAAAGGCUCUGAUAGAACAACACUUGCCGGUCAACAUCUGACCAAUCAAUUGAGACAUCAGUUCUCGGAGAUGGGAAUUCGCAUGGCACCUUGGCUUACCCUGAAAAGCAAGACCACUUAUACGGACCUCGCAGCUGCACCGCCUCUGAGAACCAAGGAUUUUGGUUUCCAGCCGCAUCAGUCGUUCCUCGAUCUUCAACAAGACCGCUUCAUCCAUGAAUUCAAAGAAUGUGUCUCAGAAACCUGGCCAGAGGCCAAAACUUUCCCUGCUGACAUCAAUAACCUCCCGGAUAACUUUCGUGGCAUCGCCGAUAAGGCCUUUGAGUUCCCUGACGGCUACCAACGCCGAUUCGGGAUUGAUAGGUUUUUGGCUCCGGAGUCACUCUUUAACCCUUCUGUCUCUCCCAAGGCCAUUACUGGUGACCUCCCUAAGGGUAUUGCGGAAAUGAUCAAGGAUUCUAUUGAUCAUUUAGAUGCGGACAUCCGUGCUAAUAUGCUUAACAACAUUGUUGUUGUUGGAGGAACUAGUUUGCUUUACAGGAUCAAUGAGCGCCUUAAUCAUGAGCUCAUGACUAUGUACCCUGGCCCCCGUGUAAAAAUCCAUUCGCCAGGUCAGAUUCCAGAGAGAAAGUAUUCUGCUUGGCUCGGAGGCAGCAUCCUUGCCAGCUGCGGUGCUUUCCAUCAGCUUUGGAUUAGCAAGCAAGAAUACGACGAAGUUGGAGCCAACAUCAUCGAACGAAGAGCUAAAUAG